CCUUCUUUGAGAAUUCCUGUGUACUUUGAGGACACGUUGGUGGUUCAGUUGAUUCAUGUGUAUGGGUCGGAGGUUAAGGAUUCGAGUGGGUUAGAUUGGGAGUUUGUGAAGAGAACUUUUAUGGAUGAAGCUGAGAAUGGUGGGUUGUUGUUAGGAGAACAGAAGUUGAGUUUUAAGAGUUAUAGUGUGAAUUAUAGAGAAUGUCCGAUUUGUUCGUUUGCGGUAUCUCGUGGGAUGAAUUCGUAUACGUCUAGGUUUUUGUUUGAUAACUAUACGCUGAUUGUGAGUGAGUAUUUGGAUUCCAAGCAUAUGCAUCGGGCUUUGACUGAUUCGGCUGAGGAGUUGAGGAGAGUUGCGGGGAUUGUUGAAGAAGAAGGAAAUGAGUUUGCUAGGGUUUUACCUGUUUAUGUGUUUGAUUUGGAUAUCAAUACGCCUUUGUUGCUUGAUCGGUAUCAUCAGUCUGUUGCUUUUAGAGAUAUGGUUAUUGCUGUUAGAACUAGAGGAACUCAAACUGUGAGUGAUUAUACUUGCAAUGGGCGUCAUGUGUUUGUUCAUACGAGAGACUUAGAACGACCUCUGGUUGGUUCCAUUUUACAGAGUAUGUGGGGUGUGUCUUCUACUCAUUUGACUUGGAGCCCGAGACAUAACACAACUCUGGUUGAUUAUACAUGGAGCAUUGGGCAAACACCGUUUGGACCUUUCUCUGAUAUAUCGUCUCUAUCGUUUGUUCAGAAAGACGCUGCUAAGAGAAACGUGCUUUUGACAUCAUUGAACACAACUAUCACAAGUGCGAUCGAUGUUAUUGAUUCCGCGGUUGCUUAUGGAGGAGAUGUGAUCCUACGCAAACAGAAUCGACACUCUGAGUUCAUGCAAAGGUGGAAUCUUUUGCAGUACAAACUGGAUAAAACGGUUUCUGCUCUAUCACACAAUGAGUUCGAGAUGGCUUUGUACUACCUGAGAUCAGCAGCGCACGACUUGUACUCAGUCCAUUCAGUGGUGUACCUCGCAUCACAACAGGUAGAAGCGAGUCUCAACUGUUUCAAAGAUCCUCCGUUCCCAUGGGGAACUGUUUCAGUGUCAGGAUUCGGGUUAAUGGCUUUGGGUUACGUGUACUCAAAAAGAGAUAGACUCUUCAGAAGCAAAAGAAAACAGUUCUGAAGAAUUCAGGCAGUGCAGGGUAAUUUAUUAUAGUCACAUUGGAUAAAAGUCUUACUAGUUUGGUUAUUGAGGUUAAUACAGCAUGUACUAGUAUGAGCUUGUUUCCAUUUGGUAAUGUUUGAACAAUAGAGAAAAUGUCGGACCUCUUUUUUGGCUGUCUAUUUAUUUUAAAAGUUAAGAUUUAAACAAA